AUGAGUGAACGCAAAGUUCUACAGAAGUACUACCCUCCCGACUUCGAUCCUUCGGCUCUCACACGCCGUCGCGGAAACAAGGACGCUGGACCCAAAACACAAAAAGUUCGAAUCAGUACGUUUAUGAGCCCUGGAGACUAUAUACUUAUGCUAACCUCUGUAGUGGCUCCAUUUUCUCUGCGCUGCAGCAUGUGUGGUACAUUUAUCUACAAGGGAAGGAAGUUCAACUCAACGAAGGAGAUAAGACCGGAGGAGAAGUACCUCAAUGUGCAAAUUAUACGCCUCAUUUUUCGCUGCACUGCUUGCCCAAACCCAAUAGUGCUCAAGACGGACCCUAAGAACAAUGAUUAUGCCGUAGUCUCCGGGGCUGUACGAAAUAAUGAGCCAUGGCGCAACCGCGAGGCCGAGAACGAAGACGACGAGCAACGACUUAACCGACUAGAACGCGAGGAAGCAGAAGCUGCAGGCGAAGAAGAAAAGAACGCCAUGGAGGAACUCGAAGCCAAAAACAUGGAUGCGCAGAGAGAAAUGGCCGCCGCUGAUGCGCUAGACGAGAUCCGACACCGAAAUGCACGAAUCAACCGUUCUGAGAAAGAAGGAGUCGAUUUUGCGGACACUAUAGUACGAACAGAAGAUGAGGAAAGGGAGAAGCAGGAAAAGGAAGAUGAAGAGGCUGCCAAGAAGGCUUUCGCUGCUGCACGAGCGCGAAUGGAGAUGGAGGUUAUAGUUGAGGAUGACACGCCUGUUGAGUUAGCUGAGCCAGAACCCAUAGCGCCAGCUCCAGCUCCCAGUUUCAAGAAGGUUAUCAAAAAGAAAAAGGACCAUUCAGCAGCUUUGGGAUUGAAGAGGAAGGCAUAA